AUGUCAAACUCAACCCAGCCCUCGAUACUCUGUCCACUCCCAAGGCGAACUCACUCCAAUCCGAUCUACAAUACCACCAAGCCAUCCAUCCCGCCGAGGAACAACCAGAAGAAACUCGGCCAAGAGCUCGCUUCCUCAGAUGAUGUGUUCGUACCCCAGCCCUCAAUCCAAACCAUGAACAAAUCCACUCUGACUCACCCAAACCACACACACACCAACACAGCUUGUCCGAAUUUCUCUCGCUCUUCACCCCUCCCUCGGAACCGAAUCGGCAAUCGAUCCUCAUCUACAACAACCAUCUCGAUUCCUCAAUCCAACCCCAGGAUCAGUCCAACCACUCCACCCACCGCUCAACCUAAUCACCCCCAACCUACCGACCAUCCCGAGCACAGCCAGCCUCAGUUCGGCUUGGCCGUCGCCCCUAAUCAUCUCAGCUCGAUUGUCUCCUCCCCUAUCUCGAGAUGUCAUAACCCCCUUCCCCGCCAUGCUGAAUUGGAUGCUUUGGCCUGCCGUCUAGCCAAGCCAUUCAAAUCAUUCGCACUCGAUCAGGAUCAUCUCCCCUCGAAUGGCGAAGACGAGGAACGAGCCAUGGAGCAGACUCAAUCCGAUCAUCCCUUGUCUGCUUUGAUGCCUGCUUUGACUUUGGAACAUUCUGUCUCUUCGCUCAAUGAUCCGUAA